AUGGCCACACCAGACAGAAGAGGGGUGUCCCGGGGAAGGGGGAGGGGACGGAGUCCUGGGGAGGGCGAGGAGGAGCACGGUCCCGCCCUUUCCGGCGGGGGCCCCGCCCUCCUCCUGUCACGUGGCCCCGAGCUCGGCAGCCAGUGGCUCGCCCUGACCCUGGAGACGGGAGCGCCGGGGCGGGGCCGAGGUCUGCGCGGUGACGCAGGCGCGCUCCCGGAGGGUCGGGACGGCCGAGGCGGGCGAAAAAAGGAAGCGGGAGGGCGCAGCAAGUCCUUAAAGGAGCCGCGUGCCCGGGUGCCGGGGCGAGGCGGGGCGGACCCGAGGGGGGUGAGCCGGGUCUCCACGCCGCGGUCGCCCAGGAGUGUGGGAUCCCCGGGCCCUGCCACCGCAACAGGCGGGCCGGGAAGGCCCGGGUGGGAGCCGGUGCGCGCUUCUCCCGCGGGCGCCGGAGACCCCGCCUCCACGCGCCGCCCCGCGCUGCCCGCUGCCCAGAGGGGCCGGGGAGGAGGCGGCCGGGGGGUUCCCCCAGGGCCGGGGCCCGCACGACGUUCGGGGUUGGGUGACGUGAAAAGGGGCGGCUUGCGUGGCGGCCCCCAGCCCCUGCCGGCACGCGGGGCCCUGGCCGUCCCUGACCCGCCGUCGGACGCCCGCGGGUGUGUCCGCGCCGCUCCCGGAGGCGGUCAGCUCGGGAGCCCUCGCCGUGCAGGCGGACACGCCUCCGGGCGCUGGCGGGGCGCCUGCCAGGCUUCGUCAUUCCCCAGGACGCCCCUCGCCCCUGCCCGCUGCGCAGUGCAGGCCCGGCUGGCCUCGCCGGGGCCCCGCAGUCGCUCGCUCCUCGUGCAGCCCGGGCCCCCGGCCCGCGCCGUCCAGCCGCCCGUGCGCACCCAUGGGUCCUGGGCAACCCCCCCCGGGGAAGCGGGCCCUGGGGGGGAUCCCCUCACCUCUCUGGCCUGCUGCACCUGAGGGUCCUCUCGGGGCCAGGCGGUGGCCUCACCCAUCCCCUGCGCCCUGUGUGCCCCCCUCCCACAGGCUGUGUGGCCACCGCCCCGUUUGGGUUUUGUCUCUGCCUUUUCCUCGGGAACGCCUGCCUCACCCGUAGGUACUGAGGCCCCCGGUGCUUGAGGCUCUUUGAGGGGGUCUCAACAGGUGCUCAGAAAGCAGUGCAGAUGGAUGCACAACCGGAUGAAAGCACCGCAGACCGAGGCGCACUAGGCUGUUAACUAUCAGCACAAGAGCAUGCUGUUCCUGGAAAGAGCUGUGCACUUGCCCUGCACUCCCUUCUCCUCCUUUGACACCUGUGUCCCCCCAGGCGGCCUGUGAUGUUUGUGUGGCCCAGUCCGUCUCCUGCCUACCACCCUUGGCACAGCUGAUGGGGUGUCUGUCCUUCCACUUACUCAGGCCAGUGACCUGGGGGCUCAUGGGCCCCUGUGUCCAACCGACUGGGGGACCCCCCCAUAGGCCCAGCAGCUGCCUGUCCCCCCAUAUCUGCCCUCACACCCCUGGAGGCCACUCACCUCACGGCAGCCAGGAUGAAACUGUCAGCGCUGCCCACCGCCCGCCUCUCCAGCCCUGCUGCUUCCGUCCGUGGAGCCCACUCUCCGGCCCGGAAGGCUGCUCCCAGCCCACCCUCGCCGGCCUUGGAAUUAGCCCCCUCCCUCCCUCUUAGGCAACUCCACUUCAUCCUGUGGUGCUGACUCCCUAUCACACAAGGUCCAUAAUCUUAUUUUUUUGUUUUCUCUUUGCUCCCAGAACCUAUGCUCCAUGAGAACAGGGAUCUUUAUUUUGUUCCAUGAGGUCAGAUACACAGUAGGUGCUCGGUAUUGAAUGUUAAGUAAAUAGAUUUAGCCCCGAUGAAUGUGUUGAGACCUAGAGGAUAUUGCAGAAGAAGCAACUGGGACUUUCAGAGAUGAGGAAACCCAGUGGGACGCACAAAACCCUUCCGAGGCGCGUCAGAACCAGAGCGUGGACAAGCAGCGAUGAAAAGCAGGGGAAGAGAAAGCGCAACGUAUAGUUAACAGAGGGUCCUGGGAUCAAGUCCUGCAUCGGGCUCCCUGCUCGGCGGGAAGCCUGCUUCUCUCUCU